UGACCUUGUUGGUACCUUGAACUCUCAGUGACUUUCCAGACUUUUGUUAAGUCCUUUUCCUCAGAGUUUGGUUUGUCAUUCAAGUUUGCUUUUAUAUUUGUAUUGUAAAAUUUUAUUUUGUCUUCCACUUACCUAUUUCUUAUACAUUAAGAAUUAGAAAGCUGGCAGAACUAAACUAGGCAGAGAUGGUCAUCCUUAAAAAGACUGGCUGAAGUAUUGUUUUGGAGGCUUUUCACAGACAAGGCAAAACUGGUUCUCCUGACAUUGCCGCAAACUCCAAAAACACUGGAUGCCUCCGAGUCCCACGUCAGAAUUCACUCAUUCUUCACAGGCUCCACUCUCAACAGCUGUUGCUACUUCUCGGCUCAGGAAUGGGUCCGGCACCCAAGUUUACGCAGUGUUUACGACGCUGCCCGGAGUUUGCCGGGCAGGUGCGCGGAGGUCGCGUGCUGGUCGCCUUACUUAGAAUAGCGACGUAGCCUUCCCGGAGCAAAGCGGGGAGCCCUGGCCCGCAUUGGGACGGAGGCUUCCCCUCCUCCCAGCAGGGCUCCACACGCCGGAUGCCGUUUCGCAUUUGGCCCGGAGGCCAGUUUCCACUGACGGGACGGGCAGCUCCUAAACUUCUUCAACCGGGAACCUCACGGAUUACAAAGUAGCCCACGCCCGGCAGGCUCGAGACCCCCGCUGGAGGCACCGCCUCCCGGCGCGGGCCGUUAGCAGCAGCCAAUCUUCAGAGGAGGCAGGCAUGGGAACGUGCGCUGCGCUACUUUACGGCCCGGACGCGCUCGUUUGCGACACGGUGACGCAAGCAAGUUUUGGCGGGAAAAGCGCUGCAUUUGGAUUCCUGUAGUGGCGGGCUAAGGACAGCCUGGUGAGGAGGAGUGGCCGGUUGGGUGGGAAAGGAACCCGGAGAAGGGGUUCGGAACCGUGGUUCUCGCUGGAGUCAUGGCAGUGCCCUUUGUGGAAGAUUGGGACUUGGUGCAAACCCUGGGAGAAGGUGCCUAUGGAGAAGUUCAGCUUGCUGUGAAUAGAAUAACUGAAGAGGCAGUUGCAGUGAAGAUUGUGGACAUGAAGCGUGCCAUAGACUGCCCGGAAAAUAUUAAGAAAGAGAUUUGUAUCAAUAAAAUGUUAAAUCAUGAAAAUGUAGUAAAAUUCUAUGGUCACAGGAGAGAAGGCAAUAUCCAGUAUCUAUUUUUGGAGUACUGCAGUGGAGGAGAGCUUUUUGACAGAAUAGAGCCAGACAUAGGCAUGCCUGAACAGGAUGCUCAGAGGUUCUUCCACCAACUCAUGGCAGGAGUGGUUUAUCUGCAUGGUAUUGGGAUAACACAUAGGGAUAUUAAGCCAGAAAAUCUCCUGUUGGAUGAAAGGGAUAACCUCAAAAUCUCUGACUUUGGCUUGGCCACAGUGUUUCGGCAUAAUAAUCGUGAGCGUUUAUUGAACAAGAUGUGCGGUACUUUACCUUAUGUUGCUCCAGAGCUUCUGAAGAGAAAAGAUUUUCAUGCAGAACCAGUUGAUGUUUGGUCCUGUGGAAUAGUACUUACUGCAAUGUUGGCUGGAGAAUUACCAUGGGACCAGCCCAGUGAUAGUUGUCAGGAAUAUUCUGAUUGGAAAGAAAAAAAAACAUACCUCAAUCCUUGGAAAAAAAUCGAUUCUGCCCCUUUAGCUCUGCUGCAUAAAAUCCUAGUUGAGAAUCCAUCAGUAAGGAUUACCAUUCCAGACAUAAAAAAAGAUAGAUGGUACAACAAGCCACUCAAGAAAGGGGCAAAGAGACCCCGAGCCACUUCAGGUGGUGUAUCAGAGUCUCCUGGUGGAUUUUCUAAGCAUAUUCAAUCCAAUUUGGACAUCUCUCUGGUAAACAGUGCUUCGAGUGAAGAAAAUGUGAAAUAUUCCAGUUCUCAACCAGAGCCACGGACAGGUCUCUCCUUAUGGGACACCAGUCCCUCAUACAUUGAUAAACUGGUACAAGGGAUCAGUUUUUCCCAGCCCACCUGUCCUGAUCAUAUGCUUUUGAAUAGUCAAUUACUUGGCACUCCAGGAUCCUCACAGAAUCCCUGGCAACGCUUGGUCAAAAGAAUGACGAGAUUCUUUACUAAACUGGAUGCAGACAAAUCUUACCAGUGCUUGAAAGAGACCUGUGAGAAGUUGGGCUAUCAGUGGAAGAAGAGUUGUAUGAAUCAGGUUACUGUAUCGACUACUGACAGGAGAAACAAUAAACUGAUUUUCAAAGUGAAUUUGGUAGAAAUGGAUGAGAAGAUAUUGGUUGACUUCCGACUUUCUAAGGGUGAUGGAUUGGAGUUCAAGAGACACUUCCUGAAGAUUAAAGGGAAGCUGAGUGAUGUUGUGAGCAGCCAGAAAGUUUGGCUUCCUGCCACAUGAUUGAUCUGCUGUCUCUGGGGAUUCCUCGUGAAUAUAGUGCUGCUAUGUUAACAUUAUUCUUCAUUGAGAAGAUUAUUCUAUUCUGCAAACUGCAAACAAAUAGUUCCUGAAGAGUUCUCUUUCCCUUUACCCGAUUCUUUGUAUGUUUGGCAUACAGAUAAUAUGUAUAUCUUCAUUGUAAGUAAAACUUUGGGAAAAGGAUGGAUAGAAUUCAUUAGCUGUGUUUAGAGUCAGAAUUUGAAAACUAUCUGAUUAAAAUCUUUGGGGUACCUGAGUUUAUCAGCUUUUAUGCCAGCACGAUAUCUCGUUUUUACAAACAUUGUGUUUCAUUCAGAAAGUAACAUUUCUUUUAUGGUGAUGUAAUUAUAAGGAUGGAUUAGUGAGAGCUUAAGGUGACUUUGGGAUAGUAGAUUUGUCAGUCUGUGCUGAGGCCAACACUUCAAAAAAUACAUACCCAAGAUUUGUACCUAUAUUUUUAAAGGGCAUGACAAGUUAAUGUAGACCUGUUUUUAAAUUACAUGUAAUUAAAAUUGCAAGUAUGUGGGAUUUUUUUCUAGUGUAGUUAGUAAUGUAUGAAAUAUUGGUUGCUCUUUCAAGUAGAAGUUGAGCAUAAACUCUAGUGUUUAGUUAACUUUACUCUAAAAAUUACUGUUGGCACAUCUUAAGUAUUUUUCUAUAUGAUUUCCUACUUUCACAGCCAUAUUUUAAUUCUUUAAUAUAGAAAUAAAUUCUAUUUGGAAAAUGAAUACCUAACUUUGUGAACUUAUUGGUGAACAAGAUUCUAGAUGAUAAAGAGCUGGGGGGAGGAAGAGUAAGGAAGCUAUUAUAGGAAUAGAUUUGAUUUCUGGUUCAUUUAC